AUGUCAUCUGAAAAUUUCGAGCUGCAUAAUCUUUCCCCCAAAGUCUUCCGACGUGGUGAGCGGGUUUCCAACACUGAUAAUACUUUAACCAGUCUGACUGAGCUCUCUAAUGACUCCAGUCAGUGGGAGCUCCAGCACUCUGUUUUUGACACCACAGAUGUGCAAAAGUUGUAUUCAUCUUGUCAUGGACUUGAGAAGAGUAUGUGGGCAGCCCAAGGCGAAUACAAUGAAGGCAUGAAUAUAAGCAAAAGUGAGAUAACAACUGAAACUUCAUUAAAACCAUCUAGAAGAUCCCUGCCUUGCCUGGCCCAGAGCUAUGCUCAUUCAAAAAGCUUGAGUCAAUCUGCUUCACUGUUUCAGUCAACCGAGAGUGAGUCUCAGGCUCCAACUUCUGUGACAUUUCUUUCUGCUGAUAAGCCUGAGCAUGUUACUUCUGAGGAGAGUAAAGAAGACUCUACCCUUAAGUGUUCCUUUGCUGACCUCAGUGAAUUUUGCUUGGCUCUGGGGAAAGACAAGGAUUACAUGGAUGAAUCUGAACAUGCCAACUAUGAUCGAUCUCGUCUCCUUAAUGACUUUGUUACCAAAGAUAAGCCUGAAUCCAAGACAAAAUUAUCUAAGAAUGACAUGAAUUACAUAGCAUCUAGUGGACUCUUAUUCAAAGAUGGCAAAAAGCGAAUUGAUUACAUCCUGGUUUAUCGAAAAACAAAUAUACAAUAUGAUAAAAGAAACACAUUUGAAAAGAACCUGAGAGCAGAAGGUUUGAUGUUGGAGAAGGAGCCAGCAAUUGCAAACCCCGACAUCAUGUUUAUUAAAAUUCACAUUCCAUGGGACACACUGUGCAAGUAUGCAGAGAGGCUGAACAUCAGGGUGCCCUUCAGGAAGAAAUGUUACUAUACUGACCAGAAGAAUAAAUCAAAGAGCAGGGUGCAAAACUAUUUCAAAAGAAUCAAAAAAUGGAUGUCCCAAAACCCAAUGGUCCUUGACAAGUCAGCAUUUCCAGAGCUGGAGGAGUCGGACUGCUACACUGGCCCUUUCAGCAGAGCCAGAAUUCACCACUUUAUAAUAAACAAUAAAGACACCUUCUUCAGCAAUGCUACUCGAAGUAGGAUAGUGUAUCACAUGCUGGAACGCACCAAAUAUGAAAAUGGAAUAUCAAAAGUGGGUAUCCGUAAGCUUAUCAAUAAUGGCUCAUACAUAGCAGCAUUCCCUCCACAUGAGGGAGCCUACAAGAGUAGCCUUCCCAUCAAAACCCAUGGACCUCAGAAUAACAGACAUCUGUUGUAUGAGCGCUGGGCACGCUGGGGAAUGUGGUACAAGCAUCAGCCUCUGGACUUAAUCAGGCUGUACUUUGGUGAGAAGAUUGGCUUAUACUUCGCCUGGCUGGGAUGGUAUACUGGAAUGCUGAUUCCUGCUGCAGUUGUCGGCCUGUGUGUUUUCUUCUACGGAUUAGUUACAAUGAAUGAAAGUCAAGUAAGCCAAGAAAUUUGUAAAGCCACUGAAGUCUUCAUGUGUCCUCUGUGUGACAAGAAUUGCUCACUGCAGAGACUCAACGACAGCUGCAUCUAUGCCAAGGUAACAUAUUUGUUUGAUAAUGGAGGGACAGUUUUCUUCGCUAUUUUUAUGGCAAUAUGGGCCACAGUCUUUCUUGAGUUUUGGAAAAGGAGAAGAAGCAUACUGACUUACACUUGGGACCUUAUUGAAUGGGAAGAAGAGGAGGAAACACUUCGCCCCCAGUUUGAAGCAAAAUAUUACAGGAUGGAGGUAAUAAACCCCAUCACAGGGAAGCCCGAGCCUCAUCAGCCUUCAUCGGACAGAGUCACGCGACUUCUUGUGUCUGUCUCAGGAAUCUUCUUCAUGAUCUCCUUAGUCAUCACAGCAGUAUUCGCAGUCGUAGUGUACCGUCUGGUUGUCAUGGAACAGUUUGCAUCAUUCAAGUGGAAUUUCAUCAAACAGCACUGGCAGUUUGCUACAUCUGGUGCUGCUGUCUGUAUCAACUUCAUAAUCAUCAUGCUGCUGAAUCUUGCUUAUGAAAAAAUUGCAUACCUCCUCACGAACUUAGAAUAUCCUCGAACAGAAUCAGAAUGGGAAAACAGCUUUGCCUUGAAGAUGUUUCUUUUCCAGUUUGUCAAUCUGAACAGUUCUAUCUUCUAUAUUGCAUUCUUUUUGGGAAGAUUCGUAGGCCACCCAGGAAAAUACAAUAAACUUUUUGAGCGGUGGAGACUGGAGGAAUGUCAUCCUAGUGGCUGUCUGAUAGACCUCUGCCUCCAGAUGGGAGUCAUCAUGUUUUUGAAGCAAAUAUGGAACAACUUCAUGGAGCUGGGAUAUCCGUUAAUCCAAAACUGGUGGUCACGACAUAAAAUCAAACGGGGAAUACAGGACGCUUCUAUACCACAAUGGGAAAAUGACUGGAACCUUCAGCCUAUGAACAUUCAUGGGCUGAUGGACGAGUACUUAGAAAUGGUUUUGCAGUUUGGUUUCACUACCAUCUUUGUUGCUGCCUUUCCCCUGGCCCCUCUUUUGGCUUUGUUAAACAAUAUCAUAGAAAUCAGAUUGGAUGCAUAUAAAUUUGUGACCCAGUGGAGGAGGCCUCUGCCAGCCCGAGCCACUGACAUAGGUAUCUGGCUUGGAAUUCUUGAGGGAAUUGGCAUAUUGGCUGUGAUCACCAAUGCAUUUGUAAUUGCUAUUACAUCUGAUUACAUCCCACGUUUUGUCUACGAAUACAAAUAUGGCCCUUGUGCAAAUCAUGUAAAGCAGAAUGAAAAUUGCCUGAAGGGAUAUGUCAACAAUAGCUUAUCCUUCUUCGACCUGAGUGAACUUGGCAUGGGAAAAUCUGGUUACUGCAGGUACCGAGACUAUAGAGGACCCCCUUGGAGUUCCAAACCCUAUGAAUUCACCUUACAGUACUGGCACAUCCUGGCUGCUCGAUUGGCCUUCAUUAUUGUGUUUGAGCAUCUUGUUUUUGGCAUCAAGUCAUUCAUUGCAUACCUGAUUCCUGAUAUACCAAAGGGCCUCCGUGAGCGCAUACGGCGGGAGAAAUACUUAGUUCAAGAAAUGAUGUAUGAGGCUGAACUGGAACAUUUACAGCAACAAAGAAGAAAAAGUGGUCAUCCUAUUCACCAUGAAUGGCCUUAGGCAGUACCUGCUACCCGAAAGGGGCUGUACUAUUAGUGUGCAGGAGUGAGACACUUGGAAUGCAGAUGGGAUCCAAGGGAAAGGCAUACUUGACAAACUAUGUUGUAAAAUGCUACUUGGAAAUACAUCAUAGCAUCCUAGGGAUUUCGAAUGUUCAGACUUCUAAAGGAAAGACUUGUGACCUGCAAAGGGCUGCAACUGAAUGGCAGGGAGCCAGGCUCUGAUUCUCAGAGCAAGCCUUCAGGGGAGUUCUGUGUUUUGAGUCCAUUCUGUUCGAUUAGCUGCAGAACAAAUAGGAAACAUAGUGGUGAAAUUUCCAGGAACAAAUUUCCACAUAAAUGUUCAUAAACUGGAAAUACUAAUUGGAUUCUAAGACUUUCACAUAAGCUCAGAUAUUCAUGAGAAAUGAGUUAAAUCAGUUGUUGGCUCUGAUGUCAGAACCCCAUGUCCCUUCAGUUUACAGGUUUGUGAAGUUGCCUUUGUCUCGUUGAUAUAACAAGUAUAUGCACAUGCCAUCUAUGUUGCUCUAUGUCGACUAUGCACUUGAAGAGCUGAACAUCACUACAGUAGUCAAACCAAAAUUCCAAGUUUCCUAAAAGAGCAUCACUGGAAUAAUUAUAUUAUAUCGGCUGUGUUCAAGUCUUUCACCCAGAACCAAAUGCACUGCCCAUUUUUGUUAACAAAUGCCCAUAGCUCCACUUCAAAUAUUUGAAUGGCUAUUCUUGUAUCAUUGGAAUAUGACUAAUUCGUAUUUUACUGCAAAAGUCUAUCUUCUAUUCUAUUCUAUUCUAUUCUAUUCUAUGUGUCCCUCUCUGAAUGAUUAAAAACCUCACAGAAUGCUA